UGUCUCACUUCUCAAAGUCUAGUAUCAAAAAAAAGAAACUGAAAUCAACUGCUCCAACUCUUGUCGGUUAUCUCAAAGCACAGUUUGGCUUCACUACUCUUUCUUCAUCGGUUACUAACAAGUUCUUGGAUUCCUUUUUUUCCAUUUUGUCCGAGAAUUUAUUCUAAGAUCAUCCAAUGUUUGUCAGAAAGCUUGUUGAGAAGGCUGCAAAGAAGCCUGGAGGGAAUGAAGAUGGUUUGAAAUCAAGUGAGGUAGACCCACGAGUGGUAUUCCAUUAUGGGAUCCCUUCUGGGUCUACCAUGUUUGCUUAUGACUCCAUUCAAAAGAUACUUGCAAUUUCUACAAAGGAUGGCCAAAUUAAAUUAUUUGGAAAAGAUAACACUCAAGCUUUACUUGAAUCUAACGAGAUAUCACCAAGCAAAUUUUUACAGUUCAUGAAGAACCGCGGCAUCCUUCUAAAUGCAACUUCCAAGAAUCACCUUGAGGUUUGGGACAUAGACAAGAAGUUGUUAUCUCAUGUGCACGUUUUUAAGGGAGAAAUUACCUCCUUUACAGUCAUGCAACAUAGUCUCUUUAUAUAUAUUGGAUAUUCUGAUGGUAAUAUAUCAGUUUUGAAGCUUGAUGAAGAACCAUUUCAUAUAGUACAAAUGAAGUACACCAUACCUCUCUCAGCUUCUCAUGGGAAUGUAACUGAAGUUUCUGAUGAUAAUGCUGUGCUGCAUAUACUACCUCAACCAACAGCUGAAAGUAAAAGAGUUGUUAUAAUAUUUAGAGAUGGCUUAAUAUCAUUAUGGGAUAUUAGAGAAAGCAAAUCCAUUUUCACAACAGGUGGAAAUAUGUUGCAAUUACAAUAUCAUGAAGCAAAGAAAGUGACUUCUGCAUGCUGGGCAUGCCCUUUUGGAAGUAAAGUUGUUGUUGGGUACAGCAAUGGAGAGAUUUUCAUCUGGAGUAUUCCCUCUACUGCAAAUCCAAGUACUGAAGCAUCAAACCGUGGUUCUCAAAAUGUUCCUAUAUGCAAACUCAAUCUUGGGUACAAGACAGAGAAAAAUCCUAUAGCAUCAUUAAAAUGGGCUUAUGCAGAUGGGAAAGCAAGUCGACUAUAUGUUAUGGGUGCCUCCAACUCUGUGUCUGUGAACUUGUUGCAGGUGGUCUUGUUGAAUGAGCAUACUGAAUCCCGCACAAUUAAGCUGGGACUUCAUUUGCCUGAGGCUUGUAUUGACAUGGAGAUCAUUUCAAGCAGUGAGCAAAGCAAGCAUAAGCAAGAUUGUCUCCUUUUGCUUGGAAUAUCAGGACAUGUUUAUGCUUAUGAUGAUUGCUUGAUUGAAAAGUAUCUUCUACAAUGCCAAUCUAGGUCCCCACCCUCACUCCCAAAGGAGUUGAUGUUGAAGAUGCCAUUUGUGGAUUCAAGCAUAACUAUAGCAAAAUUUAUCACAGACAAUCAAUGCAUGAUUAGUCCUGCAGAUGAGGAUUACAUUGUGAUGGGAAGAAAUAUUCCACCACUUCUGCCCUCUGAGACAAAACAGAAGGAUGGAAUCCAAUCAAAUUCAGCCCACUUCAGUGGAUUUUUGAAGAUUAAAAACUUGUACAUAACUGGACAUAGUGAUGGAGCCAUAAAUUUUUGGGAUUUAUCAUGUCCCUUUCUUAUCCCAGUUUUCUCGUUAAAGCAGCAGAGUGAGGAUGACUUUUCUUUAAGUGGUAUAGCAUUGACAGCAUUGUACUUUGAUGGCAAGUCUCAGCUUCUUGUUUCUGGAGAUCAGAGUGGAAUGGUUCGCAUCUUUAAAUUUAAACCUGAGCCAUAUGCCACAGGCAGUUUCAUGUCACUCCCAGGCAGUAUAAAGAAAGGAAACAAUCACAUCAUCCAUAGUGUUAAACUUAUAAAGAUUAAUGGCUCUGUGCUUUCUAUGAACAUCAGCUGCAGUUCAAGACAUCUUGCUGUUGGAUCUGAGCAAGGAUAUGUUUCAGUAAUUGAUAUAGAAGGACCUACUCUAUUAUAUCAAAACCACAUUGCAAGUGAAAUUUGUACUGGUGUCAUCUCUGUUCAAUUCCAAACCUGCAUUUUACAUGGUUUUGAGAAGAAUGUUUUAGUGGUUGGUACAAAGGAUUCAUCUGUCUUGACUCUGGAUAGUGAGACUGGAAACAUGCUAACCACUAGCAGAGUUCAACCCAAGAAACCUUCGAAAGCUCUAUUGAUGCAGAGCUUGGAUGGGCAGGAUUCAAAUGCUCCAGAUCUGAGCAAACGGAAUUCAUUGGAGGAUGCCAUACCAAAGCAGUUAGUUUUGCUAUGUUCUGAGAAAGCUGUGUAUGUCUAUUCUUUAACACACAUCUUUCAGGGAGUUAAGAAGGUGCACUACAAGAAGAAGUUUCAAACCUCUUCUUGUUGCUGGGCAUCAACAUUUUACAGUUCCUCUGAUGUUAACGGGCUUAUUCUCCUUUUCACUAGUGGAAAAAUUCAGAUAAGGUCCUUGCCAGAGCUAUCCUUAAUAAAGGAGACUUCAAUAAGAGGUUUCACUAAUUCUACUUUAAAACCAAAUUCAUUAUCCGACAUUUCAAUAUGCACUUCACGGGAAGGAGAACUUGUUAUGGUGAACAGUGAUCAAGAAAUUUUUGUCAUCUCAGUUUUGUUCCAAAAGGAAAACUUUAGGCUUUUGGACACUGUCGGCCACAUCUACAGGAAGGAUUUGAUUGUUUCACAAGAAGGGGCUGUUGUCCACAAGGAAAGAAAGAAGGGAAUAUUUAGCUCGGUUAUUAAAGAUUUUACAGGCAGUAAAGCUAAGCCUUUGCCUGAAGUGGAAACAGAAGAUGCUACAGAAAGUAUCAAAGAACUUUACACGAUCUUUUUGACUGCUAACUUUCCAAGUGACACUGAGAUUAGAGAUAACCUGGUCAAGGAUGAAGAUGAUAUUGACUUAGAUAUAGAUGACAUCGACCUUGGAGAUCUGGGAGAAAGGCCUAAAGAACAAAACAUGUUGGCAGCUCUUAAUAAGCAGAAAUUGGCAAGCAUUCAGGCUAUAAAAGGACUUACAGGAAAGUUCAAACAGAUGAAGGUCAAGAACCCAAAAGGUUCCACGAAGGAGGAGCAACAAGAUGAGAAAGGUGGUGCAGUCGAUCAAAUUAAGAAGAAAUAUGGAUUUUCUUUCUCUGGUGAAUCUAGUGCUGCUAAAAUGGCAGAAAGCAAACUCCAUGACAAUUUGAGAAAGUUGCAGGGCAUCAACUCGAGAGCUACAGAGAUGCAAGACACAGCAAAGUCAUUCUCAUCUAUGGCAGAACAAGUGCUACGAACUGAACAACAUAGACAAAGCUAAUAAGCCAUAUGGGCCUUAUCGAUAUUCAACUGGAUUACACCACUGUGAAUUUAUGAAAAGUUUUAAUUUUUUAUUUUUACCUUCAUUCAAUUCGUUGGCUUGUAUAUUCAUUAUCCAUGUGAGGGCAUUUGUGUGUUGCGGUGUGUAGUGGAUGGCAUUUGGACAGAUACAUCAUACAUGUAAAGAAAUCUUUUCUUAGCUAUGUUCAUAUCUAAUAGAUGGAGAUAUGUAUUCUUUCA